AUUAGUCAUAAAAUUUCCAAGUCAUUUCUCACAAUAAUGACGCAGUUUAUAAUAGAUUUCAACAUCAAAACUGUGUAAGAGAUUUGGUCACUUCCUUCUACUCGAACUCACUACAAUUGUCUGUCUUUGUCAGUGUCAUUGUUGCGUCAAUCGCGUCAGUUUGCUCAGCAAAACGUUAUUUCAAAAAGUGUUUUCUUCGUAGUAAUUUUGUUGUUUUGUAGACCAAGUUAUCAAAUAACAAUUAAGUAAUUGCUCCUUAAUAGUGACAAAACUAACAAUGGCCCCUCGAGAAAGUAUAAAAGCCACUCCUAAGGUGCAGCGCACCGUAUCGAAGACCAAACCGAAGGCGUCGCCUAUUUCGACCAUCAAAAAGACCAUGGCUACUAGGAAACUAGUGGACGCAACUCAAAUUAAAGUAAAUAACACAACAGUAAAGACCCGCUCCAGUAUGGCGCCGCCUUGUACGCCAAAGUCUAAAGAGUCGAAGCCGGCUCCCGCACCCAGCAGUGUCACCAAGAGUGCCAAGAAGGUCCGAAAACCAAAAGCCGCCCACUCUGGAGUCCCUGUGCCCAGCAAAAUGCUCAAACUAAUGAAGUUACAGGCUGCAGGAGGUUUAUAAUAACAUUUAUUUUUAACAUUUUCCGCCGUAGUCUGAUAUAUAAGACAUAUAAUAUCCAGCUCAUUUUGCCAUAGUAUAAGACAAAACUUCAUGUAACAUCAUACCGGUGGUGAUAUGAGCAUGCAUGAUGGAAAAUCCUAAGCGGUUAAAAGAUUAAGAAGUUUCUAUUAUAGUGUAAUUAAGUUGAUUCCUGAUCAGGUAUAACAGGAUAUCAUCAAAACAUUUCUUAUCUAACUUUUAUAUUUGUUUUAACUGUAAACAAAUUACAUGAUACAGUUGCUGGCCUCUUUCUUCCUCUUUAUGCAUAUUAAUGGAGACCCGACUUUACUGUAAUGCCUAUUCAAUAAUGGCUCUUUUCAUCAACAUUUUAAAUUACUCAUGACAGUACCAAAUAGUAUACUUGCUGUUUAGGACAGACAUUAGUGUAGGACAUAACUGUGAUGUCAAAUACCUUACAAAUUUACUUCAGCAGAGCAAUCAAACUGGGUCCCUAUGUAUAGAAUUUGCAUGCAGUGACCUAAUUAUAUUUUUCUUAGCUUAAUUUUGUAGGGUUAUUCCUAGAACUUUAUUUCCAUACAAUCAUACAAUACAGUUGGCAGUGAACUAGACAGGCUACCAGUUGUGGUGGUAACUAUACACCCUAUAUCACAAAAAUAAUAAAAUCCAAGAAUAGC